AGUUCAACAUAACAACAACAUAGCUCUGCAAGAAUGACUGGCCGUGGCAAGGGAGGAAAAGGACUCGGAAAGGGAGGCGCCAAGCGUCAUCGCAAAGUUUUGCGUGACAACAUCCAGGGAAUCACCAAGCCCGCUAUCCGUCGUCUGGCUCGUCGUGGAGGAGUCAAGCGUAUUUCCGGUCUGAUCUACGAGGAAACCCGAGGUGUCCUGAAAGUGUUCCUGGAAAACGUGAUCCGUGACGCUGUGACUUACACCGAACACGCCAAGCGCAAGACCGUCACUGCCAUGGACGUCGUCUACGCCUUGAAGCGACAGGGACGCACUUUGUACGGAUUCGGAGGUUAAGAUAUUCGAUCGAAGAGCAAAUAGCGUCAUUCCAACGGCCCUUUUCAGGGCCAACACUUCAGUUUGAAAGGAACUGGUUUGAACUCAUGUCAGUAUUGAUGCCAGGUGAUUGCUAGUUUUGGUUGCAUUCCGACUCAAAGCAUUUAAA